AUGAGUACAACACAUGCUCUUCCGCCGCUGGAUCCUUUACUGAGGAGGAGUGCAAAGCGCACGAGAGACAUAUUUGCAUCAUGUCCAAAUGACGGGAUGAAGGAAGAUGAGAAGAGCGCGCGAAUACGUCUGUCGGUGAAAAUUAACGAUGAAUACCGUGAUUUCAAAGAGCUCCCUCCUGCAUUACUUGCCCAACAAGGCCCUAUUGGACCUGCUCGACCAAAGGAGCAGACAAAGUCUAUGGCACUCAUUGCCGCAAUAGACAACACACCUACAGUGCAACCAUCCACGUUCGCUACGUCUAAUAAGCUCUCCGAGGCUUUGACCCUACACAAAACAACUCGCACUAUCAAGCCAACAUACCAUGCUCCAUGGAAGCUAUCUCGUGUCAUAUCCGGUCAUCUGGGUUGGGUUCGUAGUGUGGCGGUCGAGCCAGGGAAUAAAUGGUUUGCUACUGGUGCCGGAGAUAGAGUUAUAAAAAUUUGGGACUUGGCUUCAGGGGAGUUGAAGCUUUCCCUGACCGGUCAUAUUUCCACUGUCCGAGGGCUGGCCGUUUCACCGAGACACCCGUACUUGUUUUCGUGUGGUGAGGACAAAAUGGUCAAGUGCUGGGAUCUCGAAGCCAACAAAGUUAUCCGACAUUAUCAUGGUCAUCUUUCAGGCGUUUACUCGUUGAGUUUACACCCGACGUUGGAUGUUUUGGUCACAUCCGGUCGCGAUGCCUCAGCUCGUGUCUGGGAUAUGCGCACAAAGGCUCAGAUCCAUGUUCUCGCUGGGCAUUCCGCAACAGUCGCUGACGUCAAGUGCCAAGAAUCUGAUCCUCAAGUCAUCACUGGAAGUAUGGACUCGACGGUUAGACUGUGGGACCUGGCAGCUGGAAAGACGAUGGUCACCCUCACUCAUCACAAAAAAUCUGUAAGGGCCCUGGCAAUUCAUCCAACAGAAUAUUCCUUUGCAUCAGGUUCUGCAGGCGGUAAUAACAUAAAAAAAUGGAAAUGUCCAGAAGGUGCAUUUGUACACAACUUCCCCGGUCAUAACGCUAUCAUAAAUACGCUUUCUGUCAACGCAGAAGGCGUAUUUUUCUCUGGUGGUGACAAUGGCACACUCACGUUCUGGGAUUACAAUACGGGGACUCCAUUCCAAAAUCUUGAUGACGUACCUCAACCCGGCUCCCUCGAGGCGGAAGCCGGCGUCUUUUGUUCGACCUUCGAUAUGACCGGAACACGGCUCAUCACUGGUGGGGCUGACAAGACUAUCAAGGUUUAUGCCGAGCAGUCGCAAUGA